AUGUCGCUCUCCAAAAGGGAACUGGACGAGCUGAAGCCAUGGAUCGAGAAGACGGUGAAGCGGGUCCUGGGGUUCUCGGAGCCCACCGUGGUCACGGCCGCGCUGAACUGCGUCGGGAAGGGCAUGGACAAGAAGAAAGCGGCCGACCACCUCAAACCCUUCCUGGACGAUUCCACCCUGCGGUUUGUGGACAAGCUCUUUGAGGCGGUGGAGGAAGGCCGAAGCUCCAGGCACUCCAAAUCCAACAGUGACCGGAACCGGAAGCGAGAGCUGAAGGUGAUUAUUGAUUAUUGA